AUGGCCAGUCAUGGCAUUCCCCGCCACAGCUCUCUCGAGGCGACCGGAGAAGCUCGUCAAGAGGAGCUGCGCAAGAUUGAAAAAUAUCGUGACCUAGAACAUACUGUUCGGGACGAGAUUGCGGGAAACCGAUAUACGCCUGAGACGUUUCAAAAGAUAUCCGAGUUACUGAAGAAGAAUCCCGAGUACUACACCGUUUGGAACUACCGCCGCAAAGUGAUUCGGCAUGAAUUCUCUCAAAUAGCCGCUGAAGAAUCAAACGAGGCGGGCGUGGACAGAAUAGCCAGUCUUAUCAAGACAGAUUUGCAGUUUCUGAUUCCCCUCCUGCGCAGCUUUCCCAAGUGCUACUGGAUUUGGAACUAUCGCUUAUGGCUUCUCGACGAAGCCAAACGUCUCCUUCCCAGAGCUGUCGCCCGCAAGGUGUGGCAGGAAGAACUUGGACUGGUAGGAAAGAUGCUUAGUCUGGACAGCCGCAAUUUCCACGGUUGGGGCUACCGACGGUUUGUGGUGGAAACUCUCGAGACUCUCGCAUCGGAAGAGGAAGGUGAGAAGAGUUUGGCCCAGACGGAAUUUGAAUACGCAAAAAAGAUGAUCGGCACCAACCUCUCGAACUUCUCUGCCUGGCACUACCGCACCAAACUCAUCCAGCGGCUACUGAGUGAGAAAUCAGCCAGUGAUGAAGAGCGAAAGCAAAUGCUCAAUGGUGAGCUGGAUCUCAUUCAUCGUGCGUUGUGUGACCCAUAUGACCAAUCACUGUGGUUCUACCACCAGAACCUGAUGUGUAUCUUUGAUCCAGUAAAGUCAAGCCGGACAAUGGCCCCAAACUUGACAAAGGCUGAGCGGCUAGAAUAUCUCCGACGGGAAAUCGAAGAAAUCCAGGAAAUGUUGGAUGGAGCUGAGGAUUGCAAAUAUCUGUACCAGGCGCUCAUAGAUUGCACGCUGCUAGCAGCUAGGGUGGAAGGGACAACUCCCGAGGGGGAUCAAAAGCAGCGAGUAUUGGACUGGUUAUCGGAGCUCAAGCAGCAAGACCCGCUAAGGGCUGGUCGGUGGCUAGAGCUGGAGCAAUCGCUUAGCGGCUAA